GGCAAAAAUGUGCGCAUGUGCAGCCAUUGCCUGGGACGCAUGCGUAGGGAGCCGCGCGACAAACCUGAGCCAUUGCGGCAAGACUAGCGCAGAGAGGAGAGGGAGCCGGAGAUGCCAGACGCUUGGUUCUGAGGAGUGAUUUGCAACGCAAUGGAGCGAGGAAGGGAUCGCUUACACUUGAGAAGAACUACUGAACAGCACGUGCCCGAGGUCGAGGUCCAGGUCAAACGUCGAAGGACAGCCUCACUGAGCAACCAAGAGUGUCACUUGUACCCACGACGUUCUCAGCAACAGCAAGUUCCUGUGGUGGAUUUCCAGGCAGAACUAAGACAGGCAUUCUUAGCUGAGACACCAAGAGGUGGUUAAAGCAGUAUUGCAACUUCAAGGUGGUGGAAUUCAAGGAAAACAGGACCCAUCCUCUGUCUGUGAAACUUUGGUCAAGCUUACAUUGUUUGUUAAUAGCCUGCAUCGAACCUUUAUUUAUAUCCCUUCCCCGAGUAUUAAGGAUCUUGAAAUUUUAGUGUUGACAACGGCUAUUGUGGAACAGCAAUCAUGACUGUGGGUAAGAGUAGCAAGAUGCUGCAGCACAUUGACUAUAGGAUGAGAUGUAUCCUGCAAGAUGGGAGAAUCUUCAUUGGCACCUUCAAGGCUUUUGACAAGCAUAUGAAUUUGAUCCUCUGUGAUUGUGAUGAGUUCAGGAAGAUCAAGCCAAAGAAUGCAAAACAGCCAGAACGUGAAGAAAAACGGGUUUUGGGUCUGGUCUUGCUACGUGGGGAGAACUUGGUUUCAAUGACUGUGGAGGGCCCACCUCCUAAAGAUACUGGCAUUGCUCGUGUGCCUCUUGCUGGCGCUGCAGGUGGCCCUGGGGUUGGAAGAGCAGCUGGCAGAGGAGUGCCAGCAGGUGUACCUAUUCCCCAGGCUCCUGCUGGAUUAGCAGGCCCUGUCAGAGGAGUUGGAGGCCCAUCCCAGCAGGUCAUGACCCCACAGGGAAGAGGCACUGUUGCAGCUGCUGCUGUUGCUGCUACUGCUAGCAUUGCAGGAGCCCCAACCCAGUACCCGCCAGGACGGGGAACUCCACCUCCACCUGUAGGCAGAGCAACCCCACCUCCAGGCAUUAUGGCUCCUCCACCUGGUAUGAGACCACCCAUGGGCCCACCCAUUGGGCUUCCCCCUGCUCGUGGGACACCUAUAGGCAUGCCUCCUCCAGGAAUGAGACCCCCUCCACCAGGAAUUAGAGGCCCACCUCCCCCAGGAAUGCGCCCACCAAGACCCUAAGAUACAGUUGAUAAAUCUCAGCCCUUCUCUUCCCCUACAAUGCUUCUUGUGAAAUUGUGUACCUGCAAGCUUUUUGACCCCUCUUACUGCAUUAACUAUAGAUAAUAAAUACAUAGAGCAAUUCAAUUGGGGUUUUUCUUUGUCUGCUGAUUUUGUUAAAGUUAGAGUGAAACCAAAUGUGUUUCAGUGGUGAAAUUAUUGUUAAAGAUUACUAUAUUAAGUUUAUAUUAACUAAACACAGAUAUGACAUUUGCUCAAGCUAGGUUCUUAGGAUCAGAUAGUUGAAAUAUUUUCCUGAUUUCUGACAUUCACUUCAAGCAUUGGUUCAAAAUCUUACAGAUAAGGAAAAUCAAGAUCCAUUUGCUAAGAUUUACAAGCCAUUCCGGUUCAAUUAAAUAUGUUUCACUUAAAGGUGUGUGAAGAUAUUUAAGCAGAUAUUUAAAUUCACAUCAUUUAUGGCACUGGUAUGUCAUUAUUGCUUAUGAAUUAAAACAUGGAAUGCAAGGUAUUUUCCAAUCUUCCAAACAUGCUCUAUUACUUAGCAGUCUAUAAUUAUGUUUACAACUAUACAUACAUCCAUAUACACACAUACACAUGCAUUCCAUGCAUGCAUGCGCACACACACACACACACACACACACAGACAUCUAUCAUGUACUGGGUCUAUUUUGGUUUUAGUUUGUACAUUUGUUUAGGUGCAUUAAUUGGUAUUAAAUAAAUUAUAAAAUGAUUUUCCUGAAGAAGA